AUGGCAGCAGCAACAACAAUAAAUGGAAUUCCAUCUAAAUCAUCACAAGCUGUUUUUCUUUUUCUUGGUCUUCUCUUCAUGAUUCUUCUCCUGCUGGUUCGUCCUGCAGACCAGUUGAGAAUGUCCAUGGCCACAUCUUUUUCUACUGAAAAGCUAUCUUUGGAGUUGUCCUGGAGUACUCCUCAGUCCACUGUCAAGGCACAUCCUCAACAGACAGAGAAAACCCACACUUACUCAUCAUCUACUUCUACUGGUAGAAAAUUUGAAGCAAGCGCCCAUGAAGUCCCCAGUGGCCCAAAUCCAAUCUCCAACAGAUAG